GCCUCUGCCUCUGCAUACAGACAGCUGAGCCAGAAGCAUCUUUCCAAGCUGUAACUUUUGGAAAACUGCCCUGGUUCAAGGGCUCAUAAUCCAGUCAGACAGCAUGGGGUACCAAGUCCUGACCUGGGCAAUGUGGGGACUGCUCUUAGCCAGCAUCAGCGCAAUCAAGAUAGAGGAGAAGAUUCAAGAGAGCCUGCUGAGACAGCUGCACCUCACGGCAGCCCCUGUCCUGGCGAAGACAGAGGUGGACAACCUGGUCAUCCCAGACCACGUGAGGACCAAAUAUAUCUCUCUGAUGAAGCACACCUCUGAGGCACCUUUCUCCCGGGAGAAGAGGCACAGUCAGACCAUUGCAGAAAUUAUGGGCAGGUUCUUCUCUGAUGCCUUCAACCAGCUGCUGGUCUUCAGUAUGAAGGAUCGACUUCCCCCCACCAAGGAGCUUAUCCAGGCUGUCCUGAGGCUCUUCAAGAAGCCAUCCCCACAGGGAGAGAUCAAGAGACAUCACAAGAUGUUCCCCUUCAACUCCUAUGCCAGUGUGACCAUUUCCUGGGUGCAAAUCAGAGAAAAUAACACCAACAGAACCUUUGUGAUCGAUUCCAGACGAGUAUCCAUUCAUGAAACCGGUUGGAUAACCUUUGAUGUGACCCAAGCUGUGAAUUAUUGGCAGCAGCAGGGCGAGAUGGCAAAGCCCCUGGUCCUAGAGGUGUCUAUCCACAGGGAGAAUAUAAGUCCACUGUUCUCCAAUGCACACAAACUUGUCUACUUCUCCUCCCAGAAUCCUGCUGAUGGAAAGUUGUAUGCUCCCCAGCUGGAGCUCCAGACAUUGGACAUGAAGGAAUAUGGUGCCCAGGGCAAUUGUAACCCUGAUAUCCCAGUGACAGAGGCCACCCGAUGCUGCCGCCGUGAGACAUAUGUUAACCUUCAGGGUCUGAAGUGGGCUGAGAACUGGAUCUUGGACCCACCUGGCUUCAAAACUUAUGACUGUGUGGGGAGCUGCCAGCAGCCAAAGAAGGAGCACCUGAACUUCAAGUGGCCCUUCUUGUCAGGAAGGCAAUGCAUCGCCACAGAUACUGCCUCACUCCCUCUGAUUGUUGCUCAUAAGGAAGGAGACAAGACCUUGACCAAGGUGGUCAUCCUUCACAACAUGAAAGUGACAAAAUGUAGCUGUACCACCGAAGGAAUGCCCGUCAUGAAGAAGCUAAAGCCAUAAGCAUACAGCUUUGGUGUGCUUCUGAAGAACGUAGCUUUAGUUAGACACUUGAUCAUGGAGGCUAUAUAACCAUGGGCAGGAUAUAUAAUGGGGAAGGGGAGGUAAGAAUAGAAAGUAACUUUUUUUUUAAGUAAGUCACUUCCUUUACCUGGUUUAGGCUGCCUCACUUUUUCUAGGAAGACAAGAGGAUCCAGCAUGAGUUCAGGAGACAGGUGUCCUGGCUAUGGAUGGGACCUAAUUCUAUUUUGUGACCUUUUUUCCCUGUUUCCAAUAGUUACUGUGAACUACCUUUAUUCUAAGCACUUUUAUGUAUAAAUAUUAUAACUAUAAAGUCCUUGAAAUUAGAUUUAGAAAGAUGAAAUUCUAACCAAACUCACUAUAGCUUCAACUGUGAGUGGAAGAAUGUUUACUGUCUCAUUUUUCCAUCAACACUCUGUGAUUCCCCAACAAAUUCCCAGUAAAGUUUGAUUUUGUAAAGAACUAUAGAACUAUCUCAUUUCUGAUCAUCAGAGUUCUAUUGUGAAGCCUGGAGAGACAGAUUUUUGACCUCGGAAAAAUGUAUGUUCUGCUGUGUCCCCCUUACAUAGUAACCAUGCCAAAUGUAGUUAAUAAGCUUAAGGGGGGGAAUUGAUGCUAUUUCAUUCUGUUUAUUUGCUCAAUUAAAUUCAAUAAACAUGUAUUAAAUGCCUAUAUGCAGGCCAGUAUGCUCAAAUAACUAAAGCCAUGAUACCCUUCAACAAGGAGGUAAAAGAAGAAGUAAGACGCAUUGGAGAAGAAGGGAAGAUUAUGGAUAUAAGGAUGAGAAAUAGGGGCAAUUUCAUGUAGCAAUUAAAUUAUCACUUUUAGAAUAUGGUAACUUAAGGUUUUUUAUUUUAUUUAAAUUUUUUUUUACCAUAUUUACAUGAUUCAUGUUGUCUCCCUCGCCCCCCAGACUUGGCAAGCAGUUCCACUGGAUUAUACACAUAUAUUAUCACUCAAAAUCUAUUUCCAUAUUAUUCAUUUUUGUAAAAGAGCAAUCUUUUAAAACCAAAACCCCAAAUCAUAUAUCCAUAAUAAACAAGUAAUAAAU